AUGUCGGUGGACCUGGCAGCGAUCUCCGCAAAUAUGCUGACUAGGAGUGACAAGACGGCAUUAGUAGCCAAGCUCAGAGCAGCUAUCUGUGAAGAGAUCACAGCGGUGCGGAGAGACCUUGCGGUUCUGAAGCAGAGGGUCGAUGACCUGGAGGAAUACCGCAUGCAGACUACUCACCACCUACAGGCAGCUGACUUGGCGGCCUCACUGCAGGGUAACAAACUCCUCGACCUCGGACGUCAGGUGGAGGACCUCGAUAAUCGGGGCCGCCGCAACAACAUCCGCGUGAGGGGCAAGCCGGAGUCUGAACGGGAAUCACCCAGGGAGCUCCUCACCUGA